AAAGUUUUUGACGAUAAGGAAGACGGAUUCGACGACUGUUCAUGAGGUGUAGGCGGCUUAAGGUAUAGCGACUAGACCAGCUUUAAUAAAAUCGGCACUAGUGUUUGCCGUGACAGCUGACAAGCGAAACAUACGAAAUUAACCACAGUGGUGUUCGUGCGCGACCAAGAUCUCGCCGUAUAUUUACUAUAGUGGCCUGCAGUCACGCCCAAAACCGUUCAGCAAAGGCAGAAACAUGCUCGAUUUUAUUUGGCAAUGGAUUUUGUAUCUCAACGAGCCGAUACAUGUCGCCAAUAUCCAACGUUACUUUGGCCUGGAGAGGCGAGAAUCGCCAAUAUUCAAAAAAUCCACUCAGUGUGCAACAACAAAUAGCCAUUCUACGCCCACUGAUAAUCCGAAAGAAGUGUGUACAUCCAGUAGCGAUGGAGAAUCAUCUGAAUCUGAUUUGGAGCCACAGGACUAUGUAAUUCACAACUACUAUUGGUACUGGCUCUUCAAAUUUGGAACAAUGCUUGGAGAUGAGAUAUUCUAUGCCUCUGUGUUUCCCUUCUGGUUUUGGAACAUUGAUGGAGCAGCCGGGAGACGGAUCAUUAACAUUUGGGCCCUUUCUAUGUUCAUUGGUCAAUCAUUGAAGGAUAUUAUCUGCUGGCCAAGACCCCUAUGCCCACCAGUUAUCAGAAUGGAGAAUAAAUGGGCCAUGGAAUACGGUAUGCCUUCAACUCACGCCAUGGUUUCUGUAACAGUGCCUUUCUCGGUCAUUCUUCUUACCGCCAAUCGCUACGAGUACCCAGUAUACAUUGGCGUUGCCAUUGCAUUCACUUGGUGUAUCUUGGUCUCAACCAGCCGGCUUUACUUGGGAAUGCAUUCUGUAGCUGACAUAUUUGGUGGAUUGGCUCUUGCCGCUAUACUUUUGCCCGUCCUAUUGCCUUUAGUCGACACCCUUGACGCCUUCUUGUUGACUCACCCCGCCGCGCCUGGCCUUCUGAUCACGACGACGGUGACCCUAAUGUUAUUGUACCCUGGUUCGAAAUUCUCUUCAGCCAAAGAGGACACGGCCGUUAUUCUGGGAUCAUCUAUGGGUCUGCAGCUAGGUGGCUGGAUUUGUUUCCAGAUGGGCUCUAUUCGUGGGCCGCCUAUCAAACCACCUUAUUCCAUCAUUUGGCCCUCAUACGAGAUGCUGGGUCUGUGCCUUCUGCGUACAAUCAUUGGCCUCAUCACAGUAGUGGCAACGCGUGCCAUUGCCAAGUCACUUUCAUACGCUACUAUGAGAAGGGUCGUUUCUACCUUACGCAGUAGAGACAAGUUAACAAAAGAAGACGCCCAAGAUGUGGAAUUGUUCGUGAAAUUAGGCAGCAAAUUGUUGACCUAUGCCGCGAUCGGCAUCGACGUCGUUUGCCUUGCUCCGGCCGCCUUCCGGUUUCUCAACAUCGAAAGGCCCACGUUUCAUACUGAAAUUUAAGCUUAUCCUCGUCGUCGUAGUGA